AUGGCUUCCCGAUCACCGCUCAACAUGCGCGCGCUCCUCUGUCUCCUCUCCAUCGCCGUCCCAAUUCUUGUUGCCCUUGUUCUUGGCGUCCAGUCCCGCGAGUUCUCAUCCACGGUCACCGCUUCAGGCGGCGAGACUCCACGCACGCCCCUCCACGUCGUUUUCUACGGCACUUGGGACGAUGCUCACCGGCCCCGUCGCCGCCCUUCAGCGGCCCCGUCGCCGCCCUUCCGCGGCCCCGUCGCCGCCCUUUCAGCGGCCCCGUCGCCGCCCUUCCGCGGCCCCGUCGCCGCCCUUUCAGCGGCCCCGUCGCCGCCCUUCCGCGGCCCCGUCGCCGUCCUUCAGCGGCCCCGUCGCCGCUCCUUAGCGGCAACGACUCCGCCCUUCACGGCCCCGCCGAGCCGCCUUCGCUGCCGAGCCGCCGAGCCGCCGAACUGCAGAGCCGCUGAGCCGCCGAGCCACCAAGCAGCUGAGCCGCCGAGCCGCCUUUGCUGCCGAGCCGCCGAGCCGCCUUUGCCGCCGAGCCGCACUGCAGCUGAGGCGCCGCCGCCUGUCGGCCUGCCCGGGACCGCCUCACUUGCCCGUGUUCUCACCUUUGAUGCUGAGGUUCGGGCAGUUGACUUUGAGGUCUGGGUAGAUGAUCUGCAGCUUUUCCUACAGUGCGAUAGGGCAGAUGGUCUAUCCCUGUUUGACCUCACUUCUGGUGCCUCUCCUGCCCCUGCUGCUGAUGCUGACGCCACGGUUCGCUCACAGUGGGCCACGCGCGAUGCUGCUGCUCGCCUUCCUGUGCGCCGCCACUUACCGACCGCUGAGCGUGCGCACUUUAGCCAGUACAAGAGUGCUCAGACCUUGGGUGUUCCCCCUCCCCCCUCUUGCCCUCUAUUGCCUCUGUUGCUGCGGCCGACCUCGUUGGUUUUGAGUCGGUCAGCGCUGCGUCUGCCCCGAGCGGGAGACGCCGCACCGGCAAGGGCAAGGGGGGCAAGGGCACUGGAGGGGCUGGCGGGGGCGGUGGAGGUGGUGGUGGAGGCAGUGGAGGGGGUGGGGGUGGAGGUGGGAGUGGUGGCGGGGGUGGAGGUGUCGGUGGCAGCAGUGGAGGCGGAGGAGGUGGCGGCGGUGGCGGAGGGAGCGGAGGCGGCGGAGGUGGUGGACGCGGCGGAGGCGGCGGCGGCAGCAGUGGACCUGGUCGCGGCUCUGCGCAGAGGAGUGGCUCCGGUGGUGCGCGGUAGGGGUACGGGUCCCUGCACCUACGUUCUCCGCACCGGCGACCGCACUCGUGAGCAGUGUGGGGGCCCGCACUCCACCCAGCGCUGCUUCGGCCGCCUGACAGACGCGUGGCGUCACCAGUUCCCUGAGGCCUCAGAGAUCCCUCGCUGGGGAGAGCUGUCUAGGGCGGGGGUUUCUAUCUUUGAUCUUGAUUUUGAUGCUAUUCUUGCUGCCAUGUAUGCUGUUGAUGAUAGUGUUGCGGGUGACUGUUACCUGUGUGUACCGCCUGACCCGGGCAUUGAGGCUGCUGCUCUAGGUGCUAUUGCGUCUACUGCCCCAGACCGCACCACUCUUACGUCGCUCAGUCGGCCGGUUGCAGUCUCCCUAGCGGACCCCUCUGGGGGUCCUGUCCUUGCCCACUUCUCCACUGUCUUACCGUGCCCGGCAGCCCCCUCUGGCACCCUGUCAGGUCUCUACCUCCCCUCGUUCUCUACGAACUUGGUGAGUGGAGCGGACCUACAGGGUCGGGGGGUUGACCAGUUCACUCCUGCGAGUCAGCGGGUGACCCACUGCACGUGUGCUCGGACAGGCCGACAAUUGGCCACGUUCACCCGUCGGCUAGGGUCGAGCCUGUACACCCUUACUACUGAGUCUCCUCCGGCUGCUGAGUCUGGCUAG